AUGUCUGCCUAUCGAACGCUUCUGUCGUCCUCUGCACGCACUCGUGUCAUUGCUCCUCGCCUACGAACUCAAGCGACUGCUGUUCGUCAUUAUAGCUCACCGCUCAAGGUGUUUAUGGACACCAUUCGCGACCAAAUUAAAAAGGACAAGGAACUUCAGCAAGGUGUCAAAUCAUUGCAAGACGAGUCUGGCAAGCUUGCUGAAAGCGAUGCACUCAAGAAGGCAAAGGAAAUGUAUGAAAAGGCAAAGUUGCAACAAUCAGAGCAGAGCGAACGUUUAAAAGAAGCUUCAGAUCGAUUCUCAAAGGCAGCAGGAAAAGUGUCCGAAUCAGUCAACAAGUCAUGGAAGGAAGCAUCCGAGACGGAAUUCGCCAAGGAAACUUCAAAGCGUUUAAAAGAAGCUUCGGAGACCAUUAACAAACACUCUGAGCCGAUUCGAAACAACCCAGUUGUGGGUAAAAUUGGUGACUCAGUCAAGACAAUUGUAAAGGAUGAUUCGGGACGAUACACUGGUUUUGUCGACAAGGAGGCUCGUCGCAAGCUGCGCGAGGAAUCUCAAAAGGCCGAGUCCAGCAUGCCUGGCAAGCGGAGGGUUGAAGAGAACCCUGAUGCAGGUGCAUCCGUUGUCAUUCACAAAGAUUCCAAGUGGAAGGAGAGCUGGAACAAGUUCAAGGAGGAGAAUCCAUUCAUGCAAGGUGUGUUCCGUGCACGCAAAAAUUAUGAAGACUCUGACAAUGUCUUCAUUUCGUAUACCCGUGCAUUCACUGAUCGAAUCUCGGAAACGUUUGGGUCCGUCUUUGAAGAGUCUGACCAGGCUCAAGCAAUCCGUGCUUUCCAAGCCAUUGAUCCUUCGUUCAACAUGGACAAGUUCUUGGUUGAAGCACGAACUUACAUUGUUCCUGAAGUGAUGGAAGCAUAUCUCAAGGGUGAUGUUGAAACUUUAAAGUUGUGGUGCUCGGAAGCUACCUACAACGUUCUUACUGCUGUCAUUCAAGCACAGAUGCAGCAAGGUUUGAUCAGUGACUGCAAGAUUCAGGAUCUUCGUGAUGUGGAUGUAAGUCUGGUGGCCGCCAAGAUUCUUGACAACGACAUCCCCGUUUUCGUCAUGUCGUUCCGCACGCAGGAAAUCAUCCUAUUCAGAAAUGCCAAGUCUGGCGAAGUUGUCUAUGGCAAGGAGGAUCAUAUUGAACAAGUGACUUACGCUUGUGUGAUGACUAAGGAACCCGAAGAUCUCCAGAACCCUGUUACUGGCGGCUGGAGAAUCAUUGAUAUGGCAAAGCAUGAUUCCAGACCUGUCUGGUAA